AUUAAAUGAGUUUUAUGAGCUCUCACAUAGAGAACAAAACCUUAACUCAACCGUUAACUCAAGAAUUAGGAUGAAAUUGCUGUUAAUUUUUUCGUUCCAUAAACUACAUUACCCAGAAGCACCACGACUUUUCCAACGUCAUGACAUCAUCAGCAUCACGGUGUCGUUGGCAACAGCGGAGACUCAAGCGGGAAGAAAUGAAGUGCUGCAACAAGAGAAGUUAAAUCUGAUGUUCACACGGUAUCCGAAGAAUUGGGAAGACUCUUGAACCUUAUAAUGACUGAAAGCAGUAAAGUGUUUUAUUGAGUUUCGCUGUGGAAAACGGAGAAGAAACUUUCUUUCCCGUUUGUUUAUUUAACUGUAACCUUGCUAGCUAAAUUACACAGAGGCUUCAACAGGUGGAUUUUCCAAUAGCAAUAUCUGCCAAUGGCCUCCAAAGGCUGGCAGCAUCCUUACGUAAACAUAUUCAAGCACAUCAGAGUUGAAGAAUGGAAGAGGUCUGCCAAAGAGGGAGAUGUGUCAGUGUAUAUGGACAAAACACUGAAGUGUCAAGUGUUUCGGAUCAAGGGUCCAGUUCCUUCCAACAGCUACAUCUUAAUUCCCAAAAACACCAAGCAGUCACUAGGGCUGACUGGCCGCUUCUUCUACCUUCUCUUCAGACCCACUCCUGGAAAAUACUUUGUGGUCCAUCUUGAUGUCACUGUGGAGGAGGGCCAGGUGGUCCGUGUCUCCUUUUCCAACAUGUUUAAAGAGUUCAAGUUCUCUCCUACAUGGCUUCAGUUUCCUUUCUUGUGUGGUGCCGCAAAGGAUUCGGUUUAUGAAAGCACCUCCAGAUCUGCAAGGCAUGGUUUGGUGGGUCCAGCCCCUGUUUCAGUCCGUUGGACCUGUUUGAUGUUGGAUCUGAAGUACACACUUUCUGUCUACCUAAGUCGCCAUUAUAAGCACCUGAAGAGCAUUAAGCUAUGUGCCAAUAUGGCAGUCAAAAACAUGUUUACAAGUGACCUGCUGCUAGAUCCUGGAAUUUCCUUCAGUGAAGCUAAACAAAUGGGUCUGGCCUCUUCUCAGGGAACUGGUCCAAUUCCCAGAGAGAUGUCGUUCCCAGUGCCCAAGGGAGGCUCCUGGCAUGACCUCUAUGAUCACAUCAAGUUUCCAUCCGAUGGCACAAAGUUACCCUUUGACUCCAUUCAAAAAGACAAUCCACAUUCUCGGAUAGGAAGUGCUUCAAACCAAAGAAGCCCAGUUAGACAAGAGACUUGCUGUGUCAACCUUAGCAAACCAGUUCAUGACCGUGUUUCCCUCAUCCAGCAGAUCACCACCCCAAAAUUACUCCCGAGGAAAACCACCCCUGUCGUAUCAAGUAUACCUGACCUGGGUGUUGUCACGACUCACCAGAAGGAUUGGCUUUGUGAUAAUGACUGCCAACUGCAAGAGUCCCUACGUUCCAGUUCACAGCAGCUCACUUCCAGGCUAGCAUGUGGCACUGAUUAUGGUGGGACUGAUGAGUAUGUGCAUCCUGACGAUGAUUUCAGCACACAUGGAGAGGAAAAUGAAGAAGAGCUGGUGUGGACUCCUAGUUCACAUCCUGAAACUCUUCCAUCACCUAAAGAAACCAAACAUCAGCUACUUCCAGACCCGAUUCUCAGGCUCAGUCACAUUAUUGGCUUUGGAGGAGCAACUACAAGAUAUGUGCUUUGGACCAAAUCAGGUGAUGAAGUGGUUUAUCCAUGUCAUGCAAUUAUUGUCUCUAUGAAGAUAUCCUCCAACCAGCAAAGAUUCUUCGUUGGACACACAGAUAAGGUUUCUGCACUGGCUUUUAAUGGUAACACAACGCUGCUGGUUUCAGCACAAAGUGGCAACAACAGUGUCGUUCGUGUAUGGAACUACAGCAAAGGAAACUGUCUCACGAUGUUCAGGACUCACGCACAUUCGUUGUCCUGUCUUAGCUUUUCAUAUGGGGGUGGUAUUCUCUGUGGAGUGGGUAAAGAUAGCCACAAUAAAACAAUGGUGGUGGUGUGGAACACUCGCGGUGUUAGUGAAGGAGGAAAGGUGACCAUCCUAGCCAAGGCCCACACAGAUGUGGACAUUAACACCAUGAAGGUUGCCUUCUUUGAUGAUACAAGGAUGGUAUCAUGUGGCCGGGACAAUGUUCGUCUUUGGCGCGUACGGAAUGGGACGCUGCGGUCCUGUCCAGUCAACCUGGGUGAAUACCACUCAAUACACUUCACCGAUGUGACCUUUGAGGAGGGAAAUUUCUCAGAACAGCAUAUUGAUGAUCGAACUCUAUUUGCCAGCAGUCGGAGUGGCCAUAUUUUUGAGAUUGACUACAGCAGAGUUGCUAUCAAGAAUGUGAGGAGGCUUUUGCCAGCUCAGCAACAGCAUGCAGAGCGUAGGGAAAAAUGGACUUUUAGCACAGGUCCAGGAAUCGCCAUCAACAGCAUCAGUGUCUCUUCUUCAUUCUGCGCCACCGGCUCUGAAGAUGGCUUCCUGCGGCUCUGGCCCCUUGAUUUUUCCGCUAUCAUACUUGAGGCUGAGCACGAAGGACCUGUGAGCACGGUGUUGAUAUCAUUUGACAGCCUUCAGGUCCUGGCAGCUACCUCUACCUGUAACCUUGGUUUCCUUGAUGUAAGCAGCCGUGGAUACAACACACUAAUGAGGUCACAUACAGAUACUGUGCUUGGCUUCAGUGUGGACGGCAUUCGUCGGUACCUCACAACAGCCUCCUCUGAUGGAACAGUGCGCAUUUGGAACAUGGAUUCAUUACAUCAGUUGUACGACUUUGUGUCUGAGGACAAUCCCUGCUCUGUGGCCUUCCAUCCCCAUGAGCAGACCUUCUCUUGUGGCUUCAGUUCGGGUAUUGUCAGAGUGUUCGACAUUUCCAGUUCCAACCUGCUGGCUGAACAUAAGCAGCACAGAGGUGAGGUGAUUGGUCUUGCCUUCUCUUCAGAUGGAGAGUUUAUGUACAGCGCAGACUCGCAGGGCUCCCUGGUACUUUAUAACGCUUCAGAGGAAGAUCACAACGUUAUCAGAGUUGCAUGUAAUGUAGUGGCCCAAGGCACUGAGCGCGCUCCAGAUGCUCUCGCAGUGAGCAGAGACAGUCACUUUCUGGCUUUUGUUGGUCCUUCCGAGUACAUUGUCACCAUUUCCAAUGCACAGUCGCUGGAUGAGCUGCUGCAUGUAGAUGUGAGUAUUUUGGAUUUAGAGAGCCCCCGACUGGAUUCUGCUCUGAAGGUCUGCUUCUCUCCGGCCUCCACUGAGCACUUGCUGAUUGCCACAUCAGCAAACAAAAUCCUCUGGCUUAACACCAAGACGGGCCGUCUGCUCCGACAGCUGUCAAAGGUGCAUAAACACCAGUGCUCGUCUCUGGCCGUGAGUGAAGAUAGUCGAUUCUUGCUGACUGCCGGACACAAUGCUGUGAAAGUGUGGGAUUAUAACAUGCAGCUCCAUAUUAAUUCACAGAUGUUCAUAGGCCACAGUCAGCCCAUUCGCCAGGUCAGCUUCACCCCUGACCAACUGGGUGUAGUCUCAGUGGGAGAUGCCAUAUUUCUUUGGGACUUCCUUGCAAAUCCUGUUGAAUCUCUGGCUGACAGUUGUUCAUGCUUUAAAGAAGGCCACACCUCACAACGGAAAGCAGACACUGAAAUGAGUGGAGUGCAGAUGUCGAAUGAGGUGCCUCGGCAGACGGCUCCCCUCCCCUCCUCACCACCACGGCUGGACAUCAGCAUUAACCAAGUUGCCCAGGAAGGCUUGUCUGUUUGUGAAGAUAACUCAGUAAACCCAACCACUCCAGUUCAAGACACUGGUCCAGGUCAGUCCUCUGAUCCUAGAUCUGCUGUCUCCUUUCUCAAAGUGACAGUCCUGGACAUGCCUCCUGUUAAUACCAAUUGUAUGGACAGUGUUGAGACGAAUCAGAGGAAGCCUGCACGUCCAGAUUGUUACAGGCACUUUAACCUACGUUUCAAGACCUCCUUUCUUGAUCAGACCAUUGUAGCUCCCCAACCACAAGAAGAGGGCAUGAAACUAAAAGCAGUGAUAGGCUACAACGGUAAUGGACGUGGCAACAUGGUGUGGAGCCCUGAUCAAGGUUUAUUUGCUUACUCUUGUGGUUGUGUGGUGGUGGUGGAGUACCUUCAUACAGGCAGUCAGAGACACUUACAGGGUCACAGCGAGGAGAUCUCCUGUCUUGCAGUAACAAACGAUGCACAGACCAUGGCAUCUGCAGCUGGCGGUAAUAACGGUAGCAGGAGCCUCAUCUGCAUUUGGGACAUCCAGAGUGGGACUUGUCGUCGCAGCAUCACCUACCACAAAGGAGCUGUGCAGAGUCUUGCUUUCUCUAGAGAUGACCGCUUCUUUCUCUCAGUCGGGGACUUCUCUGACCCAGGGUUAGCACUAUGGAGCAGCCAGAACUUCCAGCUCCUGUCCACUGUGAAUGUAUCAGGACCAAUCCACGAUGCUGCCUUUAGCCCCUCUGCAGCCAGCCAGAUGGCGUGUGUGGGCACCCACGGGGUUUACUUCUGCUUCAUCCACACACAGAGCUCAGAUGUAGACCUCAAGGUCCAAAGGGUGACAGCACCAGCAGAGGUGGGUGAUGUGGAGUUGACAGCUCUGUGCUACCACAUGGACUGCUUUCUGUUCACGGGCACAAAUCGAGGACAUGUUUGUGCUUGGGACAUAAACAUGCAGCGCUGCUUCAUGAUCUGGGAGGCUGAUGAUGGAGAGAUAGGAGUGUUGCUGUGUCAAGGGAGUCGUCUCUUGACGGGCAGCAGCACCCGCUGGUUACGACUGUGGGAGGUAGAGGAUGUACAAAAAAUGAAGCUUGAAAAUAAAGUCUGCUGUGUGGAAGACAGUGGGACAACAGUGUCAGUGGAACAAGAGAUAAUGUUGGAUGGGAUGACUGUAAGUGCAGCUUUUGAUAGCACAAUGGACAUGGGCAUCGUUGGCACUACAGCAGGAACCCUCUGGUACAUCAACUGGUCAGAAAACACCAGCAUUCGUCUGGUCAGCGGGCACAAAACCAAGGUUAAUGACGUCGUGUUUAGCUUUGAUGAGAGCCACUUUGCCACAUGCAGUGAGGAUGGCAGUGUUAGAGUGUGGUCAACCUCCAGCUAUGAACUGGUGGUGCAGUUCCAGGUGCUCAAUCAGGCUUGUGGCUGUGUCUGCUGGAGCCCAUUUUCUAGCAAAGAUACCACAUGUAUAGCUGCAGGAUACAGUGAUGGGACUCUAAGGAUCUUUCGACUUGCCUCUGCAGAGAUGGAGAUGAAACUGCAUCCUCAUCAUGUGGCUGUCACUGCUAUCCAGUACUCUGCUAAUGGUCAUGUGAUCCUUUCAGCAGGGAAGAAUGGCCUGGUAGCCAUCAGCAGCCCAUUAAAUGGAGCAACUAUUCGUACAAUCAAGGACCACAAAGGAGCGACGAUUACGACAAUCCAGUGUGUGAAUGAGCAGUGCAAGAAGUUUGGACUGGAAGGAAAUGAAAUGUGGUUGACUGCCAGCGCAGACAGACGCGUCAGUGUGUGGGCCACUGAUUGGUCGAAGGAGAAGUGUGACCUGCUUGACUGGCUUUCAUUUCCUGCUCCAGCCUAUUUUACGGGUGACAGCCUGCCACCCAGUCUAGCUGCCUUCUACCCUGAUAAUCAUGGCCUGCUCGUCUACACAGGCUACGGAGUAGAGAAAAAUCUGACUUUUUACAGCCUGGCAAAAAAACAGAUAAUAAAAACGAUUGCCCUGCCCCAUUGGGCCACAUGCAUCAGCCUCUCCAGCCAGCUCAUUUCUGUGGGAUCAAAAGAGCGAGUGCUAAAGCUGGUCAAGUCCACCAGUGGCAGGUUUCAGGAUUUCGUGCAGCACAGCGACGCACUGCAGACAUGUCACUUCUCCCCCUCUGGGAUGCUUCUUUUUUCCGUAGCCUAUAAUGAGAUCCUGCUCUGGGAGGUGCGGGGCCUCUGAUCUAUUGUAGAAAUUGUGGCAAUGUAGAUUUGUCUGCUAUCACAUGUACUAAAGUUUUUGUUUGUUGUAGAUUUAUUAUCCUGUAGAUAUUUUUUUAUUAAAAGUUUUAGAGAAACUGGUUUAAUUGGAGUAUAUGAAUGGAAUAUAUUCUUUCCACAUGUAUGGUUUUAAAUAAACU